GGUUCCCAUAAGCUCUCUGCUGCUCCUGUUGUUCUUAUUUGUUUCCACUACUGCUUUCCUAUUGUUGAUGAGAAACAGAAGGAAUGAUGAAGGAAGAAAAAUAAAGAACAGAAAGCUUCCUCCAGGCCCUAAAAGGCUUCCUAUCAUUGGGAACCUUCACCAGCUUGGCAACUUACCCCAUCGAUCACUCCAACGCCUCUCCCAAGACUAUGGACCUCUCAUGUUUCUGCAACUGGGUUCCAUUCCAACGUUAGUCAUCUCCUCUGCCGAUGUCGCCAGAGAGAUUUUCAAGGGCUAUGACCUUGUCUUCUCUGGCAGACCCCUUACUUUCACUGCCAAGAGGCUCUCUGACAAUUGCUCCGACAUCACCUUCGCUCCUUACGGUGAUUACUGGAGAGAGAUCAGAAAGAUCACAAUCUUGGAAUUGUUGAACAUCAAAAGGGUCCUCUCCUUUAGAGCUGUUAGGGAAGAAGAGGUGGAUCUCAUGGUUGCCUCCAUAUCUUCUUCUUCCUCUUCCAUUCCUAUUAAUUUAAGUGAGAUGACGCUUUGUUUUACAAACAAUGUCAUCUGCCGAGUUGCUUUUGGCAGAAAGUAUGAAGGAGGAGGAAGUAACAGAGAGGCUCUGUUCUACAGAAUUCUUAAGGAAACACAGGAAUUGCUAGGGAGUUUCAGUAUCUCUGAUUUCUUUCCAUGGAUGGAAUGGAUCAACAAAGUCAAUGGACUCCAAGGGAGGGUAGAGAAAACCUUCCACAAGUUGGAUAAUUUCUACAACAAAGUUAUUGACGAACAUCUUGACCCUUCUAAGUCCAAACCUCAGCAAGAAGAUCUUGUGAAUGUGCUCCUUCGGGUUCAGAAAGACUCCACCCAAGGGAUGUCCCUCACCAGGGAUCAAAUUAAGGGUGUCCUCACGGACAUGUUCAUUGCAGGAACGGACACCACUGCAGCCACGGUGAUAUGGACAAUGGCAGAGCUCAUUAGACACCCCAACACAAUGAAAAGAACACAAGAAGAAGUGAGAAGGGUCAUAGGUAGGAAACAGAAGGUGGAGGAAAAUGACCUUCCUAGGCUCAAUUACUUGAAAUUGGUGGUGAAAGAGGCACUGAGGCUUCACCCUCCUACUCCAUUACUAGUUCCAAGAGAAACAAUGGAGGACUGCACAAUUAAAGGUUAUGACAUUCAAGCAAAAACAAGGGUUUUUAUUAAUGCAAGAUCAAUUGCAACAGACAAGAAGUAUUGGGAUAACCCAGAAGAAUUCCAGCCAGAGAGAUUCUUACAUAACUCCAUCAACUUCAAAGGGCUGGACUUCGAAUUGUUACCAUUUGGAGCAGGACGGAGGGGUUGCCCAGGAAUUGACUUUUCUGUAGUGCUGAUCGAGCUUGUGCUUGCAAAUAUUCUUCACUGUUUUGACUGGAAAUUGCCUAGUGGAGUGGAAGUGGCGGAUUUGGACAUGACAGAAGCAGUUGGGCUCACAAUGCACAAAAAAUCUCAUCUUUUACUGGUAGCUACUACUGCAAAUAUCGGUAUAAAUGAAUGAAAAUGUCAAGUGCACUUUCUGUGUCCAUGAACAUGAACAAGAAAACUUGGA